AGGAGAUCUCGCGAGAGGAUGGGAGCUGGAUGUGUUGGAGCCGGAGGAGCUGCGGGAGCUGGAGAAGCCGUGUGAGAGCUCGGGCUCCGGGGGGACAGCACUGACUGAGCGCCAGGAGAGCAACGAGAGCAGGGUUUAUUACUAUGGCAAUGACAGCUGGAAACGCCACAUCUUUUCCCAUGAGUAACCACACCCGGGAGAGAGUGACUGUCGCCAAACUCACGCUAGAGACCUUCUACAGUAACCUGAUUUUACAGCAUGAAGAGAGAGAGACGCGGCAGAAAAAACUGGAGAUCGUCAUGAAUGCAGAAGGCCUGGGAGAUGACGAGAAAAAAUUAAGGCGGUCACAGCACGCGCGGAAAGAGACGGAAUUCUUGCGUCUGAAACGCACCAGGCUGGGUCUGGACGAUUUUGAAUCCCUAAAGGUCAUCGGGAGAGGAGCGUUUGGCGAGGUUCGUCUUGUCCAGAAGAAAGACACUGGCCACAUAUAUGCCAUGAAAAUCCUGAGGAAGGCGGAUAUGUUAGAGAAAGAACAGGUGGCGCACAUCCGCGCAGAGCGAGAUAUCUUGGUGGAAGCGGACGGUGCUUGGGUAGUUAAAAUGUUCUACAGCUUUCAAGAUAAGAGGAACCUUUACCUGAUAAUGGAGUUCCUACCCGGAGGUGACAUGAUGACUUUGCUGAUGAAGAAAGAUACCCUGACCGAGGAGGAGACCCAGUUCUACAUUGCAGAAACGGUUCUGGCCAUCGAUGCCAUUCACCAGCUGGGAUUCAUCCACCGGGAUAUCAAACCAGACAAUCUCCUAUUAGAUGCCAAGGGUCAUAUCAAGCUUUCUGAUUUUGGGCUGUGCACGGGAUUAAAGAAAGCCCAUCGGACAGAAUUUUACCGGAACCUCACACACAACCCUCCCAGCGAUUUCACAUUUCAGAAUAUGAACUCGAAGAGGAAGGCAGAAACAUGGAAGAAAAACAGACGGCAGUUGGCGUACUCCACUGUUGGAACUCCGGAUUACAUUGCGCCAGAGGUCUUCAUGCAGACGGGUUAUAACAAGCUGUGUGAUUGGUGGUCGCUGGGCGUUAUUAUGUUUGAAAUGCUAAUAGGAUAUCCUCCAUUCUGUUCCGAAACGCCACAAGAAACUUAUAGGAAAGUGAUGAAUUGGAAAGAAACGUUGGUAUUUCCUCCUGAGGUGCCAAUAUCGGAAAAGGCAAAGGAUCUGAUUCUCAGAUUUUGCACAGAUGCAGAAAACCGAAUCGGCUCCAGCAGUGUCGAGGAGAUUAAGACUCACCCCUUUUUUGAAGGUGUAGACUUGGGUCAUAUAAGAGAGCGACCGGCAGCGAUUACCAUUGAGAUAAAGAGCAUUGAUGACACUUCCAACUUUGAUGACUUCCCAGAGUCUGAUAUUUUACAGCCAGUGCCAAAUACAACGGAACCAGACUACAAAUCCAAAGACUGGGUGUUCCUAAACUACACGUACAAGCGUUUUGAAGGCCUGACGCAGCGCGGCUCCAUACCAUCUUACAUGAAAUUAGGGAAGCUCUGAAUGUGCCUGAACUUUCACUUACAGACAGCGCCGCAAUGUAUCUGCCAAGCAGCGCAAACAUUCAGCAAAUCAUUUCUAGACUUGACAGCAAUUCUACCGGAUUAGGAUUCUGACUCCGCUAGAAACGUGUUUACAUGGCCAGUUGGCUUUCCUGCCUGCAUCUUCAUUUUUAUUUUACAAAGAAGAAUUUUAUGUUUAAUGUUAUUAUGCAAGGGUACGGGAGUGGAUCGGCGAGCACGCCAUUUACCUGGUUGUAAAUGAGCGUUCGCUGUGUACAAAGGGCAAUUUUUAUAACUAUUAUUUUUUAAACUCUACACUGCCCCUAAUUCUGUGCAAAUGGCAAGAAGAGAACGCGUUGACAAUGUUCGGAUAUUAUUAACCCACACAGUGCCAUCGGUGUCAUGCUAAGGGUUAAAGUCCUGGACAACAAUUUUGUUACACUUUUUUUUUUUAACUGUUUUUUUUCUUUUUAACUUUGAAAUUAUUUAUUCUUUUUGUUCAGAAUUUUACCCGCUAAUCACAAUGCGUUCUUACUAUCUUUAUGGCGUUGUCUGGGAUAAAUUGGAAUGUCUGAAUCUCCUGCUAUGAAUAAAUUGUUCGUUGUUGUCUUCAUGCAAAAUUCUGUUCCUGGCUCAAAACAC